AUGAUAGGUUUGGGACCUCGAUAUAUGGAUUGGUGGAUGCGAAGAUCUAGACGUUGUCCACCAAACACUAGAGCAAAGUUGAGUGAUGAAGAGCUAACCUACCUGAGGAACAUUGCUCAAGCUUUACCUUAUCAUGUCUUCCUCGCCUCUCUUUGGAGCCUCCACUUCGUCAUGGUGGGUGCGUCCUCCUCUUACACAUCUCCUUUGUGCACAUGGUUCGUUGUUGCUUCCAUGUCAGUCUUUCAUGGUGGCGGUGGAUAUACCUUACAAGUUGUCGCUCUUCAAUCUGCAAUCCGGAGUCGACGAGGAGACUUGUCAACAAAUGCUCUGUCGUUUUGGAAUUCGGGCCUUGCAAUCACUACUACUACGACAACAAUACCAAUGGAUUUUGUUCUCUCUUUCGAUCGAAUAGUGUUACUUGAAUUAAAACAAGAGGAGAUUGAAUCGAGCUUCAUCUACUUCCAGUGGAGCCAUGGCAGUUACGAUGGUCGAUGGACAUAG